ACACUACACCAUGAGUGACAGUAAAUGUGAUAGUCAGUUUUACAGUGUGCAAGUGGCAGACUCAACUUUCACUGUCCUAAAGCGUUACCAGCAAUUGAAACCAAUUGGCUCGGGAGCCCAAGGAAUUGUUUGGCGCCGCCAUUGCAGUGCUUUGCCUUCAUUGGCAGGAUGAGGCCAGUCAGUGUCAUUAUCAUCUCAUGGAUUAACCAGGAAGGGAUGCUGUGUGAGGGGUUGGGCUGGCCAUCUCUUCCUUGGUGUCUCACUUCAACUGUGCGUCCAGCCCAGGACGUCAGAACCGUUUGUCUGACCCUGAACCUUAGUCUCUUGCAUGGUAAGACAGUCAGCUGCAGCGACAUCACUGGCCAGCUCAAGUGCUGCUUUUGAUACAGUUCUUGGGAUAAAUGUUGCAGUCAAGAAACUCAGCCGGCCUUUUCAAAAUCAAACGCAUGCAAAGAGAGCUUAUCGUGAACUCGUGCUCCUGAAAUGUGUCAAUCAUAAAAAUAUAAUUAGUUUGUUAAAUGUGUUUACACCACAAAAAACUCUAGAAGAAUUUCAAGAUGUGUAUUUAGUUAUGGAAUUAAUGGAUGCUAACUUAUGUCAGGUUAUUCAUAUGGAGUUGGACCAUGAGAGAAUGUCCUAUCUUCUUUACCAGAUGCUCUGUGGUAUUAAACACCUUCAUUCAGCCGGUAUCAUUCAUCGAGAUUUGAAACCUAGCAACAUCGUAGUAAAGUCAGACUGCACGCUUAAGAUCCUGGACUUCGGCCUAGCCCGGACAGCCUGCACCAACUUCAUGAUGACCCCCUACGUGGUGACACGGUAUUACCGGGCGCCGGAAGUCAUCCUGGGUAUGGGCUACAAGGAGAACGUUGAUAUCUGGUCAGUGGGUUGCAUCAUGGGCGAGCUGGUGAAAGGUUGUGUGAUAUUCCAAGGCACUGACCAUAUUGAUCAGUGGAAUAAAGUGAUUGAGCAGCUAGGAACACCGUCUGCAGAUUUUAUGAAGAAACUUCAGCCAACGGUGAGGAAUUAUGUAGAAAACAGACCAAAGUAUCCUGGAAUCAAAUUUGAAGAACUCUUUCCAGAUUGGAUAUUCCCAUCAGAAUCGGAACGAGAUAAAAUUAAAACAAGUCAAGCCAGAGAUCUGUUAUCCAAAAUGUUAGUGAUAGACCCUGACAAGCGAAUCUCCGUGGACGAGGCUUUGCGCCACCCGUACAUUACUGUGUGGUAUGACCCCGCUGAAGCCGAAGCGCCACCACCUCAAAUUUAUGAUGCUCAGUUAGAAGAAAGAGAACAUGCGAUUGAAGAAUGGAAAGAGCUAAUUUACAAAGAAGUCAUGGACUGGGAAGAGAGAAGCAAGAACGGUGUUGUCAAAGACCAGCCUUCAGAUGCAGCAGUAAGCAGCAACGCCACUCCUUCUCAGUCAUCAUCUAUCAAUGACAUUUCAUCCAUGUCCACCGAGCAGACGCUGGCCUCAGACACAGACAGCAGCCUCGAUGCCUCCACAGGACCCCUUGAAGGUUGUCGAUGAUGAGUUCGAAAUAGCAAGCUUGUUGUCAGGGAGGAGCUCUCGCUCCCGUGGGCCUGAAAUGCCUGGGAGUUGUAGGAACCAAAUAGAAAAGUCCGUGUUCUGCAUGUGAGAGACAUGAUGCCUUGCCCCUGCUCAGGCCUGAUAGCAGGGCCUGCCCAGAUGAUAGUGAAGCAGGUAUGCCUGAAGAAAGCAGUGCAAGCCACACUUUUAGAGAUUUUGUUCAAGGUCAUUUCAGGUGAGCAAUUAGAAUGAAUGAAUUUGUUUAUUUAAUUGUACGGUAAUUCUAGUGACAAUUUCUCAUCCUCAAUAACUGUUGGGAUUUAUAUGCAUGUGACCACAGUGCUUGCUCUUACUUGCCAUCUAGAACAUUGGAAAUCAAUAUUUAAAUGCCAAAUAGUCUUCCAGGUAGUGCUGUUUCUAGACUUACCUCUUAAUCUUAAGUACUUUGGUGUCUGUGCAGAAAAAAAUAGGUUUAUGUUAUUAAUUGGCCACCAUGAUAUUAUCAUAUAUCACCUUCUUUUAUGAUAUGAUUUAUUCUAUCUUUUGUAUUUCAGAAGAAACAUAAUUAAAUCUAUUUAAUAAAUAAAAAAUAGAACUUUAAAAAAAAUUGUCAUGUUUGGGGCUGAGAAUUAUCUCUGCUAAAACACUUACAUGCAUAUUAGUCUGGUGGCUGCACAUUCAGCCUCACUGCAUGACAAAGUUCCAAGUUGUAUCUUGUGCUGCUUAGACAUGUAUACCUUUAAAAUCUUGUCGAGCCUAACUCUUUUUUUCUUGGUCUUAUGAACUUACUAUUAGUUUAAAAUGCUACCUAGAAAUUCACCAUCUUUAGCCCCAACAGUCCAUUUCAAUAAUGUGAUGGCACCUAACUCCUUGAGUCUCUCACUGCCUUUAGAGUGGGGUUCUCCAAAGGACCGCUACGGGCAUCACAGGCACUUACUGAGCGUUCGCUCCGCCCCAGCAAGAUGGGUCCCUUCUUCACAUUCAAGGUGAACGUGACUUCGAAGGCAGGUUCCCUUUUCCAGCACCGCAGGCCCGCGGGGCUUCUUCCCUGAGAGAAGCUCAUUAGUCUCCCCGCGGUCUGUGUGAGGAGCCAGGCGCUGCCCAAAGCCUGCCAGCAGUUUCCCACCUCGUGGUGGCAUCUGCUCCCCGGGGACAUGGUGCGUGUUCUGGGAAAACUGCAGAGGGGGUGGAGGAGACCCUGAGAGAGGAGUGGUUAACUAUUGAAUAUUUCCUGACUUAACUGCUCACCUGAAAUGGAUACUUUCAGACGUUUGCAUGUGGAAAUUAUUCAGAAUUCACUGAGAUGCUGAGUAUUGCAGUGUCACUGCAGAAAUGGAGCUACCGAUGGUCACGUUUUGGCUGCCUGUGUGCAUAAUGCUUUUCCCCAGAGCUUAUUCUGUACGGAUUCCUGUCUCAUGUUCAAUUAUUUUGGAAGCUGUUGGGUCAACAUUCUGUGAAAUUGUUCUGAGGAGGAACUUUGAUAAGACAGUUAUUAUAAAUAUUACCUACAUUUGAUUUUCUCUGCACCAGUUGUAUUUUAUUGGUUGGUAUUAUUACUGGAAAGUAGAGCCUUUGAUGAGCAAAUUUAAUAUUGAAAUCAGUUUUAUAUUGUGAGAUUUAGACACACGCAAGUACAAGAUGGAAGUACUAACUUGGACUGAAGCAAAAACACCUUUUGUGGGGCUUGGGGUGAUUUUUGCUUUUGGAGGCCUAAUGGUAGAGUGAAGACAGUUAUCACUGUACCUGUAAAAGCAUCUUAAAAUGCCUUCUCUCUAAUCUACAUUCUUUUAAAAGCUUUACUGAAGGCAGUCCGCUUUCCCAGGCAUCCCACAGAUGGACUUCCUGCUCACACAUUGCUUUGUGUUCCCGGAUGGAACCCACAUUGUGCCAGGCCCCCUUCCAUCAGGUGGUGGGGAGUGCAGACUGCAGAGCUUACAGGAAUACCUCACCCCUGGGGGUCCCCUCCGAGGGAGGUGUGCCAGGGCCUGGUGCAAUGCCAGGGUUUCACACUGGUCGCUAUGGGUGAACGCUGAUAAGAACUGAAAAUGUGCUCAACUUUUUGUCGUCUCUAUUUUAUUUUUGUAAUUUAUAUUGUACACAACCCUGGAAGUAACUAUUUUGGACACAUAUUUUUAUAAACCAGGUAAUGUGUUGUUAGCCUGGAAUUUGGACUAGGUUUGUUUUGUUCGUUUUCAGUCAAAACCAAAAUGACUGCCUCCCCUUGUCAGGUCUUGAUUUCAAGUGCAGGUUCCAGAGAGCAGAGUCUGUCCGAGCAGGAGAGCAUUCUAGAAGCACACGCUGCUCAGUGCUGACCAGCUUGGUCUGGAGAUGCUAGUGUGGCUCUGUUCUUACCUUUGGGAGGCAAACUCAGAGCCACAGUGCCAAGGGAGACACCUUCAGCAGGGCCUUGCCGGCCCGGCCGCCAGAGUCCCUCGAGGAAAGGUUGAGUGGGAUGCUGGUUUCAUCCGGAUUUGAUGCUGUAUCAGUCGUGGUAAGGAUUACGAGGUCAUCUGCUUGUUGCUAAUGUAACGCCUCUGAUGUUUCAUACUGGUAAUAAAUACAGGUGUGACCUCUCAGAUUGCAUAUCUCCAAAGUAAUAUUGCCUAAUGUUUUAUAAUAAAAUAUGUGUUUUGAUUGGUGAAAAUAAUACAGAUACGUUUUAAAAGAGGAGUGUAUAGCAUGUUCAAUUUUUGUGUGUUUUUAAGUGACAAUUGACUGUAUAUUUCUACAUCACCAUCUCUGAUUACAGAUUUAAGGUAAACACA